UAGUACGCAGUAGCGGUGGUCGAAUUACAUUAGAUGGUAAUAGAUCUAGCUUAUCCGUAAAAUGAAGGCUUUUCGAAUAGUGUUAUUGCUGACAAUGGCAUGUUUCUCAUUCAAAGCUUUUGGAAAGGAUACAGGAAAUACUUUGAUUUUGGCAAUCUACCAGAUUCCUCAGUCUUUUAUUGGUUGGCUAUCUGCAAAUUCAGACUCCUACAACAGUGGCAUGACGCUAAACUAUAUUAAAAAGGUUUAUGCAUCUCAGACCCGCUACUGGACCUCAGUAGCCUCGGAUUACCACACAGGAAAUGUUACUUUCCACGAUAAAGAUAAUCACGUGAUUUUAUUAAGUGAUGCUUUUGGAACUCUUGGUGGCGAUGCUCAUAGCAUUUCAGCUCCUACCUCUGGUAGAGUGGAGGCUAUAACAAUCGACUGGUUGUCUCAAAAUGUGUACUGGGUGGACGAAGGUUAUAACUGGAUCAAAGUGACAACUUAUUUCAAGGGAGGACCCGACAUUACUAUUGUUGGUACUGGCCUCGAAAGGCCGUCGGGAAUAGCUUGUCAUCCUAUAAAAGGGUACCUGUUUUGGACUGAAUUGGGGAAUAAAUAUCCCCCAAAAAUUGAGAGAUCAUCAAUGUCAGGCGCAAAUCGAACAACUAUUGUUACAGGGCUGAGCGAGCCGAGAUCCAUAGCAGUUGAUAUCAAUACUAACAGGAUAUACUGGACUGACAACCGUGCAGCUGACAUUAAAAUUGAAUCAUCUGAUCUUAAUGGUAAUAAUAGGCGAACGGAAGUGUCACAACCAGCAUCUGGCGGUGUAUUUGACAGUAUUUCUGUCGAUGAAGAUAACAUAUUUGUGAGUGUUGUUAACCCUACGAUGAAACAUAUUAUUCGUUACUACGACAAGUCUAAUCCUAGUAGAGUAGUGUUCCAACAUACCUUUAGUAGCGAAAUUCGUCUUUUAGAUGUAUACGUCAACGGUCCCAACAUCCAACCAAAGCCAAAAACGUUACCGUGUAAUUUACAUACAUGUAGCCACCUUUGUGUAUCAGCCGACAACGGAAAACACGAAUGUAUCUGUAAAGAUAACUAUGUUUUAUUUCCAAAUGGAACAUGCAGUAUUGAUUCCACGAAAUGGUACCCACCGGGCUGCAUAAUAGGUAGCACGGACGCCAUUUCAAUGUUUUACCCGAAUGUAAUUCAUAGCUCUUUGGACGAUAAACAACAAUUUAUUAAGCGCGUCUUACGUAAAAAAAUAAUUACAGCUGUGACAGUUGACAUAUACAGUAAUUUGUUGUUUUUUGCGGAAGAUACGACAAAAUCAAUAUCUGUUAUAAGAAUUGAAAAAGGCACAUAUCCGAGAAUAAUUCACACUUACACUGGCGGUCGGGUUGAUGGUAUGGCUGUUGACUGGAUUUCGCUUAACGUUUACUGGGUUGACUAUCUAAAAAAUCUCCUAAUGGUUUCAUCGUAUGACGGAAUAGCUCAAUCAACACGGUUUUUUAACGUCAUUAGGCCUAGGGCUAUAGCAGUAGACCCAAAUGCAAGGAUUUAUAUUGUUGGUGAAGAUAGUACACUUAUAUAUACUAUUGACUAUGAUGGUAUCGAAAAUGUUGACGUUAUUGGCUCAAGUAUCAGUCCGGCUAAAGACAUCACUCUUUAUCAGGACUUCAUUAUAUUAGCUGGAUCGUACGAGCGACAGUCGGGAUUUAUUGAAGCAAUACACAAGGUCUCUGGUAGUCAUGAAGGUCGUAUAAAUGUGAAUACUACAGUCUAUGCCAUUGAAACCUUUGAUGAAUCAGCUCAACCUAUAGCUACACUAACUACAACACCAGAAAUAACCACUACGUCACCUUUGACGACACGAAGGAUUGUGCAAACCACAGGAAGUAAAUUUACUCUUAUCAUCGGUUGUGCCUCAGGGGCUUUUGCCUUAAUUGUUGUGGUGGUUGUAAUUACCUUGCUGGGUAAAAGGCAUAAAAGGAAGCAUCAAGAUAUGACUGUAGCCUUUGGAAAUCUUCAAGAGUAAAAUUUUCGAAUGAGCUUCGUGUCAAGAGCAUAGAGUCAGCAUUGCCAAAAACAACCAGAUCUAUGAUGUACAUAAGGUGAAAGAAGAUCCACUGACACACAAAGAAUCGUCCAUCGGUGCUUAUGGGGAAAUAAAGCAAUCGGAGGAGACCUAUACAAUGCCUUUAAAGUAAUUUCCGGGCAUUG